AUGUCGAGCGACAAGCUGAAGAAGAUCCCGACGAAUCGACUGCCCGCGCCAGCUUUAUUCGUCGGCCCUCCCUCUCACAAUGCAUCAAAUACUUCGCUCCUAGCACCUCCUUCCGAUGCAGGCAAGCAAUCUCGCACACCUUUAGCACGACAGCGUUCCCUUCUCUCCCAGGAUCCCAAACGUCCUCUUCCUCCAGCAUCAGCUCGCUCAGACUACGAUGGCGACCGUCUCACAGUCACCUCUUCUAACCUCUCGGCGCCCUUCCACAGCCAGCAGAAGCGUACCACCGAAGCCGCAGAAGCCGAAGCCGCCGGAAGGGCGGAAGCAAUAUGGGCCCAGAUGCAGAAUACGCUAGAAGAAGUCGAGCUGUCUGACAUCAAAGGUCCGGGGAUGACGGUCUUUGGAUCGGAGCAUUCACGCGCUCUGGAUGAUCUGCGGCGUGCGCAAAUCGACCUGGCGAAAGCGUGGGCGAGGUCCGAAGCCGAGGAAUCCGGAGAGGUGGCUGAGGAGCGCAAGUCGGCCCAGGGUACAGAUGCCACCAAUAUGCUUGCUUCUGAGCGUGCGGAUACGGUGCGCUCGGGCUCGGCGGCGGCUGGCAGCGGAGUGGGCACGUUUGAGCGAAGCAGGUUGGAGGAAGAGACGGAGAAGGACAUUGAGCUUAGUAGGAAAAGGAGGGAGGCUAAUGAUCGGUAUUUCGAGAAGGUGAAUAAGGGAGUGCUUGAGGUGGUAAUGAAGCUCGAAGAGGUUGCAAAGGCCAUGAAGAAUGUGGAGCAGGAGAGCAAAGAGAUCUGGCACGAUGGGGAGAGCGUGGAUGACGUCGAAACCGCGAGCAGCUUGUCCAGUGUGACUUGA